AUGCAUACACAACCAGAUAUCUCAUAUGCAGUUGGAAUUCUAUCCAGGGGAACCCAGGAUUAUGGCAUAUGGUACUCCAGGAGUUCUGAGUGCAAGAUGGUGGGGUUCUCGGAUAGUGGAUGGGCCAGGUGUACGAAGGACAGGAAUAGCACAAUAGGGAUGAUCUUCAAUGUUAAUAUCGGGGUAGUCUCAUGGGGAUCUAAGAAACAAGACAGCACUACACUUUCCACUACUGAAGGCGAGUACGUGGCUGCGUUAAUAGCUUCCUGUCAAGCCGUAUAG